CCUGCCGCCGGCAGCCCCAGCUGCCUGGCCGGAGCGGAGUCCCCGGGAGCUGGGGCUGCUGGAUGGAACGAGCGACCCCCCGCAGCCCCGCUGCCAGGGGAUCCGGGCAGAGCAGGUGCCUGGGCUGGGGGGCAGCGCGCCCUUGGGAUUCGCACCGCGGCGAGGCUGGGCAGAGGAGGAAAUGCUUCCUGAAUGGGGCUGAAACUGCAGCCGCUGGAAUAUGCAGCCCGGGGGCCUUCCUGGCAGUGCAAACGCAGUGGCCUGCGCCAAGGAGCCGAUCGCCACAUCGCGUGGGAGGGCCACGGCCGGGAGGCAUGGUGACAACUUUCAAGGUCGCCGUGCUUGGGGCUCAAGGGGUCGGGAAGAGCGCCAUCGUCCGCCAGUUCCUCUACAACGAGUUCAGCGAGGCGUGCGCGCCCACCAAGACACGGCGUGUCUACCUGCCAGCCGUGGUCAUGAACGGCCAUGUGCACGACCUACAGAUCAUGGACUUCCCACCCAUCACAUCUUUCCCAGUUAACACGCUGCAGGAGUGGGCGGAUGCAUGCUGCAGGGGGCUCCGGAGCGUCCACGCCUACAUCCUAGUCUAUGACAUCUGUUGCUUUGACAGCUUUGAGUACGUCAAAACUAUUCGACAACAGAUCCUAGAAACGAGGGUCAUCGGCACCACCGAGGCCCCCAUCAUCAUUGUGGGCAACAAGCGGGAUCUGCAGAGGGGCCGGGUGAUUCCCCGCUGGAACGUCUCCAACCUGGUGAAGAAGACCUGGAAGUGUGGCUACAUUGAGUGCUCGGCCAAGUACAACUGGCACAUCCUGCUGCUCUUCAGCGAGCUGCUCAAGAGCGUGGGCUGCGCCCGCUGCAAGCACGUCCACACCACCAUCCGCUUCCAGGGGGCCCUGCGCAGGAACCGAUGCACCAUCAUGUGAAGCCCUGCUUGCCACCCCCUGCUCCCAUGACGGCUCCCAGAGACCCUUUUGUAAAAUGGAGGGGUGGGCGCAGGAGGACGUGACAAAGGAAGCAGUGUCAGGGAGGGUGCCCAGCUCUCCUGGAUGAAGCCUUGGAGUGAGCCACCCUCAGCCCUGCCCGUCCCCAGUGCAUAGACGGCACGGCCUGUCGAUUCAAGGAGGCGGUGUCAUGCUCCAAAGUGCAAACGGCUGUCAGGCACCUUCCUCUCCUCCCGCCUCUGCACUGGAUCGUGGACUGGAUGAUGCGGUGUCCAGCGAAGAAGGGAGAGGGGCACCUUGGAGAGAGCAAGGAUGGUAUCGCUUGUUACUGCGCAGUUAGGGGCAGGGCUGGUCUCCUGCUGUCCCAGAGCAAGGCAAGGCUGCUAUCAAGCUGCUGCUUGGUUAUUACCUGAGGAUGACCUAGUCUUGACAAGUGGCAGACUUGUAUGGCUACACAUCUGUAAUGCCAGCGGCCUACGACAAGGCAUAGCGUGGCAUCCCCUGGUAACCAGAGAUGUUUUCACUGCAAACAGGGAUACAAAGACCCAGUCAGCCUUAAGUCAACAGGUCCUUCACCCUUGUGCCAAGAGAGUAGCAUGGCAUCAGGGAAGCUGAAUCCUCCCUUCUUUUGCCCAUUGGAUCUGGAGCUGCUUCUCUCCAGGGACAGAGUAGCCUGACAGCGAGAGGCAUGGCUGAAAUGGAUUUUUUUAUUUUUUUAUUUCGAGACAGAAUUUUCAGAUGGUUCAACACCCCCCACCCACCCCCC